CUCUUCUUUAGCCAGUGGGGACAGGAGGUGCACUAACCCUCCUUCCUAACUCUCCUCGCUUGAAACCACUUGGGAUUACGUAAAGUGUACGUUCGACCUCUUCUUCCCCACAUUCAGAAGGCACUAAGUAGUGUUUGUGCAGCUAAUGCUUAACCAUGAAGUGGGGAUGGAUGUUUUUAGGGGUCUUUCUUUCUUUGGGGAGUUUGUCCUAUGGGGAGAAGGGCCUGGAAAUCCCUGAGUAUGAUGGCAAAGACCGAGUGCACACCCUCACAGCCAAGAACUACAAGUCCAUCAUGAAGAUGUAUGAUGUGAUGGUCAUUUAUUAUCACAAAAACGUGGACGGGAACCGAGGUGCAAAGAAGCAGCUCCAGAUUGAGGAGAUGUCUUUGGAGUUGAUCGAAACACAAGCAGCACUUAUCUUUCAGCUCGCAGCCCAGGUUCUGGAUGAACUUGAAGAUGAGGACAUCGGGUUCGGCCUGGUGGAUGAAAAGAAGGCCUCUGCUGUUGCCAAGAAGCUAGGUCUGGAUGAAGUGGAGAGCAUCUACAUCUUUGCAGAUAAUGAGAUAAUAGAGUACGACGGAGAGCUGGCUGCAGACACCAUUGUUGAGUUCCUCUAUGAUGUGAUCGAGGACCCAGUGGAGAUAAUCGACAAUGAUCGUGAGCUGAAGGGUUUCUAUAACAUGGAUGAUGUCAUCAGGCUGGUUGGCUACUUCAAGAGCGACAGAUCCCCUCAUUUUAUUGAAUAUGACGACGCUGCUGAGGAGUUCCACCCCUUUGUCAAGUUUUAUGCAACAUUUGACCCAAAGAUUGCCAAGAAGCUAAAACUGAAAAUAAAUGAAGUAGAUUUUUACGAGCCAUUCAUGGACGAACCUGUCACCAUUCCAGGAAAACCGUACAUCGAGUCAGAGCUCAUUGCAUACAUUGAACAGCAUGACAGACCAACUCUGAGAAAGCUCGAACCCUACAGCAUGUACGAGAUCUGGGAGGAUGACAUUGAUGGAGAGCACAUUGUUGCCUUUGCUGAAGAGGACGACCCAGAUGGGUUUGAAUUCCUGGAAAUUUUAAAGGAAGUGGCGCGUGACAACACUGAUAACCCCAACCUAAGCAUCAUCUGGAUUGACCCAGACAAUUUCCCCCUGCUUGUUCCAUACUGGGAGAAAACGUUUGGAAUUGCCCUUUCAUCUCCUCAGAUCGGUGUAGUUGAUGUCCAGGAUGCUGACAGCGUCUGGAUGGAAAUGGAUGACCAGGACGACAUGCCAACAGCUGAUGAGCUAGAACAAUGGAUAGAAGACGUUCUGUCUGGGAAAAUAGAUCCAGAUGACGAUGAUGAAGAUGACGACGACGACGAUGAAGAUGAUGACGAUGAUGAAGAUGACGACAACAAUGAUGAUGAUGAAGAUGAUGAUAACGACGAUGACGACGAUGAAGAUGAUGAUGACAAUGAUGAAGAUGAUGAUGAUGAUGAAGACGACGAUGACGAUGACAACUAUGAAGAUGAUGAUGAUGAUGAUGAGGAUGAGGAUGAAGACGAUGAUGAGGAUGAUGAAUAAUAACUUUUUUUAUGUCCUCUGUCACUAAUGGUACCAGCGUUACCAUCUUCUCUUCAUUUUUUACUGCUUGUUUUUCCAGACCGGACAGUCGCAGCGACCGGAUGAGAAACACUGUCAGUUAGGAAGCAGGUCUCCAGUUCAGCUGAGGAUUUCCAUCUCAGACGAUAAUGAGCAAAGCAACAGUUUAAAUCAGAGACAUUUCUCUUGUGGCUUCUCUCUGAUCUCUGCUGUUAACAAAGAGUGUAAAUGAAACAGAGACUCUAAGCUACCAAACAUCCUCAACCCAAGACAGCAGAACUCUCUUCGUUGUUUUCAUCUUAUUCAGUUCACUGUUAUCCUGUUUCAGUGGAACUAAAACUUGCACUUGAUCAGAAAGAAACAGUUUAUUUUACAACUAUUAAAGAAACUUAACCUAAACUCACUGAGGAGUCUUAAGAUUAUCCUGGAGGACUUGUGUUCUGGGAAAUAAAAUUUAUAACAUCUCAA